AUGCUAAAAUCAACCUUCAAUCCAAUUCUCUCAACAUUCCCAACCAAACCCAAAAAGCUCCCAACAAAAUUUCCAUGGCGGACAACCAUCACCAACACAUGCACACAAGCCCCACAACCUGUUUACCAAAAUGCCUCAGUCACGACACCACCACCACUUCAUCAACACUACCCUCCUCCAACUUCAGUUUACGUUCACCUCCCUUUCUGCCGGAAACGAUGCCACUACUGUGACUUCCCAAUUGUUGCUCUUGGCUCCACAAACCCAACUGAUACGGACCCCCGAAUCUCUAACUAUAUUGAAUUACUUCAGCGUGAAAUAGACUCAACAAGGUCAAGUUUUGAUACCAGCCCACCUCUGGAAACUGUGUUUUUUGGUGGUGGGACUCCUUCUUUGGUGUCUCCAAGGAUGAUUUCGUCGAUUUUGGACAGGUUGAGAGUGACGUUUGGGGUUUGUGAAAGUGCUGAGAUAUCUAUGGAAAUGGAUCCUGGGACUUUUGAUGAUAGGAAAGUUAAGGACUUGAUGGGUUUGGGUGUGAAUAGAGUGUCUUUAGGAGUUCAGGCUUUUCAAGAGGAGUUGCUAAAAGGUUGUGGGAGGGCACAUGGGAUUAAGGAGGUUUAUGAGGCAAUUGAGAUUUUGGGUUCAUGUGGGGUUGAGAAUUGGAGUGUUGAUCUUAUCUCUUCACUCCCUCACCAGACUCCACAGAUGUGGGAAGAGAGUUUGAGGCUCACUAUUGGAGCAAGGCCUAAGCAUGUGUCUGUUUAUGAUUUGCAGGUUGAACAAGGCACAAAAUUUGGAGUAUUGUACACGCCAGGGGAGUUUCCUUUGCCAUGCGAAACUCAGUCUGCUGAGUUUUAUAAGAUGGCUUCGAGGAUGCUUACUGAUGCGGGUUACAAACAUUAUGAAAUUAGCAGUUAUUGUGAAGAUGGGUAUGAAUGCAAGCACAAUUAUACAUACUGGAAGAACAAACCUUUCUAUGGUUUUGGCCUAGGUUCUGCUAGUUAUCUCAAUGGAAUUAGAUUUUCUAGGCCAAGGAAGAUGAAAGAGUACAUGGGUUAUGUGGAGAAUUUGGAGAAUGGAGUGGUAGAUUACAAUGGGAGUAAUCAUGUUGACGUGAAGGACUUGGCUGUGGAUAUUGUGAUGCUCUCACUUAGAACUGAAAGAGGCCUUGAUUUGAGGUCUUUUGCAGAAGCAUUUGGUGAUGCACUUGUUUAUUCUCUUUGCAAGGUCUAUCAACCAUACAUAGAGAGUGGGCACGUCAUUUGCUUGGACGAGGAGCGAAGAGCCAUGACUGCAGAUGAAUUCAACACCUUGUUUUUGAAUGAAGAUGAGAUUGCGAAGGAGAUAUCUUAUAUCCGGCUCAGUGAUCCAGAUGGUUUCCUGUUAUCAAAUGAAUUGAUAUCCCUUGCAUUUAGGGUCAUAGAUCCAUAA